AUGGCCCGCUCCUCGUCUCGUCGGCGAAGGCGCGCCGAAUCCGACGACGACGAAGCCAGCGACGGCCCUCCUUCGCACGGCUCUUCCGACAGUCCAAAGCGGCGGCGCCUACGUCUCGAAUCAGAUAGCGAUGAACCCUCACGGAGCAGCGCCGCCAACGUCAGCCGAGCCGCCAAGGACGUCUCCAUGGACGAGUUCCAUCCAGGCGCCAUUCUGCGCGUCAAGGUCGAGAACUUUGUCACGUACGAAAAGGCAGAGUUCUUCCCCGGCCCCCAUCUCAACAUGGUCAUCGGCCCCAAUGGCACCGGCAAGAGCUCCCUCGUCUGCGCCAUCUGUCUCGGCCUCGGCUACAGCCCAAAGCACCUCGGACGUGCUGGCUCCGUCAAGGAGUUUGUCAAACACGGCAAGGACACGGCGACCAUCGAGAUUGAGCUGCAGAAGAGGCCCAAGGACCGCUCCAACCACGUCGUUCGAGUUCAGAUUCGUCGCGAGCAGAAUAGCCAGAAAUGGUGGUUGAACGGCAAGGAAGCGACGCAAAAGGCCAUCCAAAGCCUGAUGCACUCGCUCAAGAUCCAGGUCGACAAUUUGUGCCAGUUUCUGCCCCAGGACAGAGUCGUCGAGUUCGCUGCCUGCACGCCCAUCGACCUCCUCCACGAGACUCUCCGUGCUGCGGCCCCCGAGGCCAUGCUGGAGUGGCAGAAGCAGCUACAAGAUCUGCACAAGGACAAAAAGGAUUUGGCCCAGACGGUCCACACCGAUGUUGAAACCCUGAGAAACCUCGAGAGCCGCCAGCAAGGACUACAAGCAGACGUGGAUAGAAUCCGGGAACGCGAGGAAAUCCAGGAGCGAGUGCAGAAUCUCCGCUCGGCCCUGGUCCUGGCCAAGUAUCAAGAAGCUCGCAACAAGCAUUCCGAGGCUCGGGACCGCAAGAAGGAGGCCGAGACAACCCUGCGGCGACUCGAAGAGGAAUGCGGGCCGUCGCUAGAAGCUGUCAACCUGAAGAUGGAAUACGCGGGGAAAAUCGAGGCUGCCAUAACGAGAAGGGGGCAGGUGCUGAAAGAUGCUGAACAAGCGACGUCGACCGCAGCGCGCGACGUCGCCACGGCGGCAGACAAGGUCAAGGAAAUGGGCGAUCGGCUGGAUGCGGAGCGCAAAGGGUUCGAAGCAAAGAAGAAGGAGCUGGCAGCAUCAAGGUCCAAGAUCACCAUGUUCCAGGCGGACCUCAAGAACCGACCAGCCGACUUUAACGCGGCCGAUUGGAACCAAAAGAUUCGGGCCGAAGAGCACACCCUGCGAGAACUGGAAGCAGAGCGCCGUCAAAUGUCGACGGAAAUGAAUUCGAUGAAGGACAAGGGUCGAACGGUUAUCCAGCACAUACAAAGGGUCGAGGCCGACAUCGAGGCCCUCGACACCCAGCAGGGCCAGCAGCUAAACUUUAUAAGGAAGCACUUCCCCGAUGUCGCGGCCGGAUGGGACUGGGUGCGGGAGCAUCAAGGCGAGUUCGAACAGGAAGUCUUUGGGCCGCCCAUGAUCAGUUGCUCUAUCAAGGAUGAGCGCUACUCGGACCAAGUGCAGGCUCUCCUGCAGAAUGAUGACUUCCUCUGCUUCACUGCCCAGACGAAAAACGACUACAGGAGGUUGACGGAUCAGCUCUAUCGAGUACUCAGCCUGUCCGUCGUCAUUCGAACGUGCUCACACUCGCUCGAGACAUUCCAAUCACCCGUCGGGAGAGCCGAAGUUUCCACCCUUGGCCUGGAUGGCUUCGCUGUCGACUACCUAGACGGUCCCGCUCCGGUCCUGGCCAUGCUCUGCGCGGAAAAGCGGCUCCACCAGUCGGGCGUCUCUCUCAGAGACCACAAUGAUGCCGAGUACGAAAGGCUCGUCAACAACGGAAAAGUCAGCCAGUGGGCUGCCGGCCAGCACUCGUACGCCGUGCGCCGUCGCAGAGAGUACGGGCCACAAGCCAUGACGACGAUUAGCAGGAAUAUCCGACCGGGACGGUUCUGGACGUCACAGCCCAUCGAUUCUCAGGAGAAGACGGAGCUCAAUCGCCGACUGAUGGAGCUUAAAGGCGAGAAGGACUUCCUGGCGGGUGGGUAUAGAGAGCUCAAGGCGAAACUCCCCGCCAUUGACGACCAGGCGUCGAAUGUCAACGAGAGAAUCAACACCUUGAAGAGCGACAAGAGCGCACUGCAGAGAGAGUAUCAGAAAUGGCAGUCUCUGCCAGAAAAGAUUGAAUCCGAGGAACGUGCCAAGGCGACGCACGAGCAAGCGCUGCGCGAUUCGAGAAAGAGCAUGCUGGACCUCCACUACGAGUGGGAUAACGCAGCUCUCGAGCGUGUGAAGCUUGUCAUCCAACACAAGGAACUCAUCGGCAAGAUUCGGGACGCCCACCGUGCGCUCCUGGAAGCCAAGAUUCAGCAGAUCGAGGCGCGUUCCGACAUUGAAGGGCUCAAGGGCCGCAAUGCCAGCCUGAUGGAGCGCCUCGAGCGGGAGAGGCGGAACGUGCAGGUGACGGCCGACGAGGCGAGCCGCGCAAAGGAGCAAGGCCGGCGACUUUCGAAGGAAGUCAGGGACCUGCUCGCGCCUAACGCGGCCAAGCGGGAUCUGUGGACGCAGCUGUCGGACGGCAAGACGCCACAGGAGCUGGACAUGGACAUGACGGCCGAGGAGGCCAAGCUCGAGCUCAUCCACGCCGCCAAUCCUAACGUGAUACGUGAGUUCGAGCGCCGCGCGCAGGAAAUCAGCCGCCUCAAGAGCAAGAUGGAGGGCUUCAACGACAAGCUCGAGGGCCUCGACCGCCAGCUUGCCGAGAUUAUGGGCAAGUGGGAGCCGAGGCUGGACGAGCUUGUGUCCAAGAUCAACGAUGCCUUUGCCUACAACUUUGAGCAGAUUAGCUGUGCCGGCGAGGUGCGCGUCCACAAGGACGACGACUUUGACCUGUGGGCCCUGGACAUCAUGGUCAAGUUUCGAGAAAACGAAGCGCUACAGCAGCUCACGGCGCACCGGCAGUCGGGCGGCGAACGUGCCGUAUCCACCAUCUUCUAUCUCAUGGCGCUGCAGUCGAUGGCGCAGUCGCCCUUCCGCGUCGUCGACGAGAUCAACCAGGGCAUGGACCCGCGCAACGAGCGCAUGGUGCACGAGCGCAUGGUGGAGAUUGCCUGCCGCGAGCACACGAGCCAGUACUUCCUCAUCACGCCCAAGCUGCUCACCGGCCUCCGCUACGACCCCAAGAUGCGCAUCCUCUGCAUCGCCAGCGGCGAGCACAUGCCCCGCGAUGGGCGGAAGCUCGACUUUGGCAGGUGCCUCGCCCUGCAGAGGAGGAGGUUGAUGGCCGCGACGUGA